ACUAACUUUACCACAUCGUCGCUGCUUUUGUUGAUUGAACUAUCGAUUUCGAAGUUUUAGCUUUCGUGGUUGCGUCCGCCAAAAUCAAAACCCAAAUAGUUCUUCUUUUUUUUUUGUCUCAGAAAAUAAUGUAACUCACCCAAUCUCUGCAAUUUCCCAGCUUCAUCUUCCUCAAAUUAAGUUCCUAAACGACGUGUUUCACCUCUAAAUUGAGCCCACGUCUCCUCUUCAUCUUUUUCACCACCUUUUCAACAUCUCAUCAUUUUGGAUUUUGUUAAUAGAGAUGCAACUCUGACUUUUCGAGCAUUCCUCUCGAUACAUUUUUGGUGGAUAAACCUUAUUAAUAAGCUUGCUAAAUGGAGCAGACCAGAGUUAAUACAAGGGCUCGAUAUUCUGGUUCUACACCCUCAGAAGAAUCAGCUUUGGAUUUUGAAGGAAAUUGUUGUAGUCAUCCUAAUCUGCGUUCAUUAGGCUCACCAACGCUUCAACCGUUUGCUUCAGCUGGACAGCAUUCUGAGAGCAGUGCUGCUUACUUCUCAUGGCCUAGCAGAACUGAUGCCACUGAAGAGAGGGAAAAUUAUUUUGCCAAUCUACAAAAAGGGGUGUUGCCUGAAAAUCUAAAUAGAUUACCAAAAGGACAGCAAGCAAAUAUGUUGCUGGAUGUUGAAGAAUCAGCUUUGGAUUUUGAAGGAAAUUGUUGUAGUCAUCCUAAUCUGCGUUCAUUAGGCUCACCAACACUUCAACCGUUUGCUUCAGCUGGACAGCAUUCUGAGAACAGUGCUGCUUACUUCUCAUGGCCUAGCCGAACUGAUGCCACUGAAGAGAGGGGAAAUUAUUUUGCCAAUCUACAAAAAGGGGUGUUGCCUGAAAAUCUAAAUAGAUUACCAAAAGGACAGCAAGCAAAUACGUUGCUGGAGCUGAUGACUAUACGGGCCUUUCAUAGCAAAAUCUUGCGAUGUUACAGUCUAGGCACUGCAAUAGGGUUUCGUAUUAAACGCGGUGUGUUGACUGACAUACCUGCUAUUCUUGUUUUUGUCUCCAGGAAAGUUCACAAGCAAUGGCUCAGCCCCAUUCAGUGUCUACCCACUGCCUUAGAGGGACCCGGAGGUGUAUGGUGUGAUGUGGAUGUGGUAGAAUUUUCAUAUUUUGGUGCACCCGAGCCAACUCCCACAGAACAGUUGUACACUGAACUUGUGGAUGAUUUGCGUGGCGGUGAUCCCUGUAUUGGUUCAGGCUCUCAGGUAGCAAACCAGGAAACAUAUGGAACUCUAGGUGCCAUUGUCAAAAGCCAAACGGGCACUAGACAAGUUGGUUUUCUAACAAAUCGUCAUGUUGCAGUUGACUUAGAUUACCCAAAUCAGAAGAUGUUUCAUCCUUUGCCUCCAACACUUGGCCCAGGGGUAUAUCUUGGUGCAGUGGAGAGAGCAACUUCAUUCAUCACAGACGACCUUUGGUAUGGCAUUUUUGCGGGAAUGAAUCCAGAGACAUUUGUGAGAGCAGAUGGAGCAUUCAUCCCCUUUGCUGAUGAUUUUGACAUGUCUACUGUCACUACAUCUGUGAAAGGUGUGGGAGAGAUUGGUGAUGUCAAAAUUAUAGACUUGCAGUGUCCUAUAAGAGGCCUUAUAGGCAAGCAAGUAAUUAAAGUUGGAAGAAGUUCUGGCCUAACAACUGGAACUGUGUUGGCAUACGCCCUCGAGUACAAUGAUGAGAAAGGCAUAUGCUUCUUGACUGAUUUCCUUGUUGUGGGUGAAAACCAGCAGACUUUUGAUCUUGAGGGAGAUAGUGGAAGCCUUGUUCUAAUGAAGGGCGAGUGUGGUGAAAAACCACGGCCUAUAGGGAUCAUCUGGGGUGGCACUGCUAACCGUGGUCGACUUAAGUUAAAAGUUGGCCAACCUCCAGAAAAUUGGACUAGUGGUGUUGAUCUUGGGCGCCUUCUCAAUCUCCUUGAACUUGAUAUCAUCACUUCUGAUGAAGGGCUUAAAGUGGCAGUGCAGGAACAAAGAGCUGCAUCAGCAACAGCAAAUGGCUCUACUGUAGGGGAUUCCUCACCACCUGAUGGAAUGGCUCUGAAGGACAAAGCUGAAGACAAAUUUGAGCCGUUGGGCCUUCAGAUUCAGCAUAUUCCUUUGGAAGUCGAACACCAAAGCCCAGAAACGAAUCCAACACUAAUGGAAACUGACUUUCAGUUGGAAGAUGGCAUCAAGGCCGGUCCCCAUGUUGAGCAUCAGUUUAUUCCAAGCUUCACCGGCUGGUCACCUUUACAUCAAAGUAGUCCGUCAGAUAAGGUAGUUUCAGAGAAUCUUGCUUCCUUGAGGAAUGGAAGUGAUGAAGAUAUUUGUUUUUCAUUGCAAUUGGGUGACAAUGAAGUCAAGAGACGGCGUUCAGACGGAUCAACCAGUAAGGAAGAAUCUAAGUAAUCAGAUUCACAGUGUAAAUCAGGGAAGAUUCCCAUUUUGCAAUUGGAACGUUUUUUGUUGACAGCAGGCUAACCUAUGAUGGUAUGUUAUGCUUCACUCCUGAGAACUUCUUGAAGUUCAAAUUUCAGCUCAAACAAUGGAGCUCUUACUAAAGAAGUUUGGAUGCCAAGUUACCAACUAAAUUUACUCAGUUAACCUAAUGUGUUGUGCUUUAAAAUUUUCAUUGUGCCUUUUAAAGACUAUUAGGCUACCCCAUUUUGCAAAAAAGGGCAGCAGAAGUUGCAGCUUUUUUGUGUUUUA